UGUCUCCCUUUGGUGUCAUUUCCUGAAAUAACAAUCACCGCCUCAUCUCGAUUGCAUCUGACGAGAGAACUACACUGUCUUCGAAGGGGACUUGUCGUUCCAAAAAACACAUCAGAGUAGUACUCACUUGGAAUGUCUCCUCAACCAGAGCCAGAUGGUGAGACCGACAAGGGGCCCCCCUCAGAUGAGGAUGAAGAGGGAGUGGAUAGCAUCCCUACUCCCCAGUUUGUCAUUGACAAUGCUAACUCUGAUUCAGAGAGUGAGAAUGAAGAUGGGGAUAGUUACUAUGGAUAUCAGAUGUUACCCCAGGAACCUGAGGAAAUAUCUGGUGAUACAAUGGGCACCAGUGUGACAAGCACUGAUGACCUCAGCCAGUCCAGUCAGAGCAGUGAAAGCUCGACUGAGGCAGGUGCUGAAGGCCAGAACACAGCUGACUGUGAUAAAGACAAAUCAGAACAUUUAAAUAAGCUUGAUCACUCUGUGCUGCAUCAGUCCACUGGUGGACAGGAAACAGGCUAUAUGAAGCUACCAGAUUUGCCAAAACCUGAAUCUAAAGAUUUGUUAUGGAACAAACAGAGAACAUCCCCCAUCCAAAUGGAAUCAGGACAAGCAGAGAAAGUGAAGACUGCCAUGUCCAACAUCCUCCUACCCACACCCAACAUUCCAGACUGGGCCAAGAAUAUCUCCGAGGAGGACUGGCACAUCAAACUCUUAUCUCUACGGAAAAACAAUACGUCCUGAUUCUUCACUGAUCAACAAAGACUGGUUGUUGCACUACUGUGUAUGGUUAAGCUUCACUCAGUGUGGGUUCUUAUUUAGUUACAACUCCUUUGUUUCACUCUCAGAACUCCAUGAAUGACUCAACAAACCUGACAAUACUUUUCAAGAAAUUAUCUGACAGAUAUUUUAUGUGGUGUUUAUUCUGUGUAACUGUCAUGAAAUUAUUAUAAUUGAUGACAGAUAUCAGAUAUUGGGUUAGUGUGACGAUAACAGGAGUAUUUCUAUGGUUUUUUUUAUCAUCGGUACAACAUUAAUGUGAAUUUCUUACCAAUAAAGGAAAAGAAGUAAGGCUGUUUUCAUUAUUGAGAAAAUUCAAAACAAUAUUUUCUGUCUAAAACGUUAUAUUUACAUGUAUUUCAUUUUCAUGGUUAGUGGCCAUGAUGUUCAUCCAAUUACAAAACAAUUCAUUAAUACAAAAUACAAAACCACUUCAAUAUGGUAAAAUAUAUGAAUUGCCAUAUAUUUCACCUGUAGUAGAUCCCAAGGGGUUAUAAUCCUUAGAAAACAGGGAGUACAAAGAAGGGACUUUUUAUUGUUUCUCAUUAAUCAAAUUUUUGAACAAGUGUGUCAGCUACCAAGCAUGGGCCUAUCACCAGAUGGAAAGGUAAUGGACAAUUUAGAACAUGCAAAUCAGCACAUUUGCCACUUUGUGACGAUGUUAAGCUUUUCAACUGACUACAAAACAGUACUUUUUUACAAAAAUGUUGGUGGUCGUUCUACACCUUUCAUGGUACAGCACCGUUCUAAAGGUGUUUAUUAUUGUUUGCAUGCAUGUGCAUAUAUGUAAAUAAAAUGGAAAUGUGAAAGAAGU